UUUUUCGGUAAAUACAUACAACAACCAUAGAUAUCAGCAUUAAUUUUACAAAUGACCGUCUUGUUGGAUCUUUUUUUACGAACUACUUACUUAUUUGGCCAGAUGAAUUACACAAAUAUAAUAUGUUUCUUUAUUCUAUUUAUAUUCAUAGAAAUCAGUACCGUAAGGUCAAUAAUCGAUUCAUCUGAAAAAUAUGAUAUCACAGAUGUCGUUCAUGAUUCCAUCAAAGAUGCGUUAAAGGCUGAUCAUUUGACAUCAAAAUUAUGGAACAGCAUAAUAUUUCCGCAACAUCAUUAUUACAUCGAUAAAAAUCCUGUGAAAAGCAAGCGUUUCUCAGACUUCGUUUGCUUCGGCGCCUUGGCUUUCAUUAUAACACGACAUUCCCGCUCUCCAGUUCGUUGGAACAUUUCAAAAAAUGAAACGUUUGUAGGCUUCAACCAUAUAACAAUCUAUAUAGAUGGGGAGGUACACAUGUGGCAUAAUUUUUCCGCCUACACUUUCUUCUCAGGAUUUCUUGAAAUCAACAACGUAUCAGUAUGUGUCAGGCAUCUGACUGACGGUGAUGAAGAUAAGAAGAUCAACACCAGUGUUUCAUUUGGUUCUGCAAGCAUUUGGGGGGACAAUACAAUAAUUCGAGAUUACAAAAUCGAAUAUAAAGAACGACAAAAGAUGGUAUACAUAAUUAAUAACUUUUUUCCGAAAAUAAUAAAACAUUGUAUAACUAGUAACAAAAAUUUAACGCAAAGUUUGAGAACCAGUCCUUCCACUCAACCGCAUCAGAAAAUCAUUUCAAAAUAUCCAGACUUUCACGCGAACAAAGAAAGGUACUACUAUUCAUUACUUCCGAUUGAUCUCGAACUAAUCAGCUUCACCGACAUUAAGAUCGUAGGUUUGUCGAAUUUUGAAUCGAUGGAGGUCAAACAACAUCCACUAAACGAUAGUUAUUUAUUCACAAAUCAACGCGAUGAACCGAAAUACUAUCAGAUUUUACACAUGAAUGAUAUUUAUGGAAGCAUGGACUUGAGAUAUGGCAAGGAAAAGCCAGAGUUCAAAAAACAAAUCGCUGCGAUACAUUUCACAAUUAAUCGACUUACCAUGCUGAUUGACGUUUCAUACAACUUUACUAAAUUUGAAGCAGAAGACUACUCAAUCACUGAAUUACCUCAAAGCUUCUCAAUUCCAAUAACCAAUUGGUUAUCAAAAUUUUCAUCGACAAUAAUGAGUCAUCUCGAAUCAGCCAUUGCGCAUUCAGUACUGAGGGGAUUCCGGAAUAAAUACAACGUUCAAGUAAAGAAUGCGUCAAGUUUGGAGUCGAGUACGCGUCAAAUGGAAAAUUCAUUUAUUCAAAAACAUGGCAAAAUCAAGUCAUCAUAUGAUACUUAAUGAUAAAUUAAUGUGAUGAGUCCACAAGAGUUCUCAAAUAAAAUUGUUUGCAAUAGAA